AUGUUACGCUUUCUGGGCUACAACAAGGACGAGGCUCGAUCUCCGACGGCCGGAGCAAACGGACUCUCCGAUAGUACGCCCUUGGCCGAAGGUACUGACCCGUUUGGCGAUAUCGAGCUGCCGUUUGCUUCGGCUGCCCAUUACGCCAACACUGGCAAUGAAGACCGUUCGUUCGCUGCUGACGACUCCAUCGUAUCCAAUUCGACCACAGCUACGUCCGUCAACAAUAUCAGCAUGAUGGGUCACGAUCCAGACUCGCAGAACGAGCUCAUGUCUGAAUUGAUGAGCUCUCAGAUCAUACUCGAGGCGAGCUCUUACCGCACCUUGUCCUUUGAGGAGCUAGAGGAGAUGAAGAGGGAGUCAAAAGUGCUCAAGAUCAGGCUCAAGGGGCUGCAGAAACGUAUCGCGCUGGUCAGUCGGAUGAGAGAUGCCGCAACGCGCCUGUCGGCAACGCCAUCCACUUCGGCGAGGCAAGCAGACGAAGAUGAUGAGCUCGAUCAGGACAUGCACAAACGCAAGCUUGAUGAACUCAGUGAUAUGCUGGACGCAGUCAGAGAGCGUCAAGCCGAGAUUGCGCAGAGACAACUGGAACACAUGGUUGCCGUGCUCGCUUUGAUCAUCCGCAAGCGCGACGCCCAAGACCAGGCAAACAAGUUUCUACCCGCUGAUGCAUCGUUUAAUCUCAACGCGUCUCUAUCGUCGCUCGACACCAGUCUCGCGAAAACUCAUCGAUCUGCCUCUGCCCGUUUCGAUGGCCCUCACUUUUUCGCGGGCCAUCGGGAUGCCUCGCCUGGAGGCGUACCUUCAAGAGACUUGCUGACGACCCCUCAGAUGGGAUCUCCGAAUACGUUCUCGACAUAUGGUCUCAGUCCUGCGAGGCCGGCCGAGAUCAGCAACGGCGGUCCAUCGCGUGUCGAACAGCAAGUUCGUAUCGAAGAGCUGGAGCUAGAGCUACAACAAGCACGCUCACAGUUGACUCAGCAGCAGCAGAAGCUCGACAUAGUUCAAGCAGAGCAUCGUACAAUCCAGAGCACGGCAGAGCAGACACGCGCAGAACUAGUGCAGGCGCGAGCAGAAUCAUCGCAGAUGAAGGCAGAGCAAUUGCCCCAGCCUACAUUCGAUGAUGACAGACAAAAGAUUGCCAGCACGUUGCAGCAAGUGUUCAGCAGGCACCAGCAAGGACGAGGAACGCUUGCUCUAUCGCUGGGCGAGAUACCCCCGCCUCCUGCGGGAGCCAACACGGAUCAGCUCACGAGAUACAUCAGUGAAUCUCUCGACACUCAUUUCACGACUACGCACGGCCACCUCGAAAAGGUCGAGAAUGAUCUGGCGCUCGCGCAAGCUAGCUCGGACGGCACGCUAGCAUCGCUGCGGAACGAGCUCGCUAAAGCCACGAGCGACCGAGAUGCGCGGAGUCGUGAGCUUGCGGACAUGCAACAGACCCACAACCAGCAAGGUCAGCGCGCACUCGAUCUCGAGGCCCAAUUGCGGUCUGCAUAUGCCGACAAAGGUACCGCUGUCUCGACUGUCGAGAAGCAGCACGAAGCGACGAAGACCAGCCUUGCGAGCCUGACGAAGGAACGCGACUCUCUGACGACGAAGCUACAGGAAUCAGAGACGAAGCUAGCAGAUGCAUUAGCGCGAGAGGAAAGGGCAAUCAAGGCUUUGAGCGAAGUGUGGAAAGCGCUACCAGCUAGUGAAGCACGACUCAAAGUCGCCGAGUCAGACGAUCUCAAGACUUUCAGAGGUGUCUUCGAGGGUCGGCGUGCGAUUGGCGCAUUGUUCAACGACCUCACUUCAGGCAAUAAAUUCUCAGUAGACAGCUUCGUCGAGCGAGUCAACAAUCUCUUGGCGGACGACAAGAAGCUCGUUGAGCGCUUGCUGAAGCAUGAAGCUUCGCAAGGCGAGCUCAAGGUAAACGCCGAUCGUGCACAGAAGUCGCUCGGAGAAGCCUCUGCUUCCGUCGAAGCUCAGAAGGCUCAGAUACGCGAUCUCGAAGAACGUCUCGAAGGGACCUCGGCAAAGGAAGUCGGCAUGCUCGAAAAGCUCAACGAUCUCCAAGCUGACCACGAGAAGAUGAGACAAGACAAGCGAAGACUCGAAGCCAAUGCUGCAGCUAUGGCCACUGUCGCCCAAGACAAGGCGCAGCUCGAGCAAGAGCUCAAGACGCUGCGUGCACAGCCUGAUCAGACCGACACAGUCAAACGGCUCGAGCGCGAACUGGCAGAGGCCAACGACGACAUUGCGAACCUGCAAGACGAAGUGGACGAUCUGAAGAACAACGAGCAGAAGAAUCGCGUACAGCUCCUGAACGAGCUCAGCAGUCUACAGAACGAAGCACAGACGCUGCGUUCACAGCUUCGUCAGCUCAAGCGAGCAAAGCCUCAGGCAGCAUGGUAUCCGCCGCCGACAAAGGAGUCCUAUCGUGACUUGCUCGUGUUCGAAGAGCGGCUCAAGCAGAAUCACGAAAGGCUGAAGGCACAGAAGAGGAGAUAUGAAGCUUUCCUGCUCGGCAUGGUCUCUGCCAUCUCUGUACUCUGCUACAAAGUCGUCAUCGAUCCGAGCCCUUAUGCUGCGCUUCACUAUCUCUUUGUGGGAGCGCUCCUGAUCGGCUGCACCACACUCGUCCUCUUCUUUGCUACCGGCAUGUACGGAGAGAAAAUAGGCUAUGCACGCAAGUUUGUACCGCAAGCCAACAGAGCCCUGAGAUCGUUCAAUAUCUACCUCAACACGAGGAUAGCGUCGCCCUAUUCGCGAUGGAGCCUAUGGAGGAGAUCUCCUGCCAUCCAGUCAUCCGUCACCUCUCCCACUACUGCCUCUCAUCCCGGCGGAUCACCCAAGAGGGGGCCAGUCUCGCCACCGAGACCGAGAUCGCCUUCUUCACGCACGCCCAUUGCGCCCAUACCGUUAUCGGAGAACCCACGGGGCGAACUCAUCUUCUCGAACAAAGUUUCGCCUGCGUUCAGAGAAGGCUAUGAACGCUAUCGGGGCGAGUGGGAGCGACGGAGGCAGAGCACAGCAAGGCCAAGCUGGAUACAACGCUUCUUGCCUCAUCCUGUCUCACUCUCGCGCGGCAAUACGCCUCCGCCAAAUGCCGAGGCGAGCAAGGCCAGAGCGACACCUGUCGCAGACAGAGGUCGAACAUUCUCUAGGAGCUCGACGCCGUCUCAGUCACGGCAGUCUUCGCCUGGGAGGAUAUCACCCAGAUCGAGGCGAACGAGUCCUGGCCUGUCGUCUAGCAAAGGGUCUAUCAGAUCGAGUCCAGAGUCUUCCAGACCUGUGACGCCGGUACAAGAGGGGGCAGAGCUGUCUAGCGAUGGCGAAUCGAAUUUCAAAGGCCGUCCGAUGUGGUGA